UGGGUGGAGGAUGAUGGGCCCCGAGAUGGGCGUCAAGUUCUCCGAGCUCGGCCCCCUCAAAGUUACAUGGAGGGUUCGUCCAGCAGGAGGCGGAGGAACAAAUCCAGUUGGCGGCUCCUCAGCAGCAGCAGCAGCAGCAGCAGCAGUAGCAGCAGACAUGGAUUCCCUCGGCAGGUCUUGGCUGCUGCUCACCGGCUUCGUCCUCUUCUACGUCACCUACCUACUCUUCGGAGCUCUGGUCUUCUCCAGCAUCGAGCGGCCGGCCGAGGAGGAGCUGCGCCGCGACGUGGACGCCCUCAAGCAGCGCUUCCUCAACCAGAGCUGCGUCUCCGCCGCCGCCCUGGAGCUCUUCGUGGGCCAGGUGCUGGCCGCCAACAGGUACGGCGUCACGGUGCACAGGAACGCCUCUGGCCCGUCCAACUGGGACCUGACCUCGGCCAUGUUCUUCGCCAACACGCUGGUCACCACCGUGGGUUACGGUCAAACCGUUCCGCUGUCCGACACGGGUAAGAUUUUUUCCAUCGUCUACGCUCUGAUCGGCGUGCCGUUCACCAUGCUGGUGCUGACGGCCUGCGUCCAGAGGCUGAUGUACCCGCUGGUCCUCGCCCCCCUCGGCCUGCUGCAGCGCUUGGGCCUGCAGCCUCGGCCGGCCACCGCCGUCCACUUUGUGCUGCUGCUGGUGCUGGUAGUGUUGUGCUGCUUUGUGGCGCCGGCGGCCGUCUUCAGCGUGGUGGAAGGCAAGUGGUCCUUCCUGGACGGCUUCUACUUCUGCUUCGUCUCGCUGUGCACCAUCGGGCUGGGCGACUUUGUCCCCGCCAUGCAGCCUGAGCAGAACCUCAAGGAGGUGUACCAGAUCACUGUCAUGGUGUACCUCUUCCUGGGCUUAAUGAUGAUGUACCUGCUGCUGCGCACCUUUCACAAGAUGGCCGACCUGCAUGGCCUGACCACCUUCCUGCAGCUGCCGCGCUGCGAGGAGUCCGACCUGGACGAGGACCGCGAGCCCAUCAUGGAGAACGGACACGGCGACCAGAAGCGCUCGCAGCACACGCAGCAGGCCGCCAGCGAGCAUCUGGAGCCCUCCUUGCAGCCGUCCUACAACUCCAUCAGCACCAGAUGAAGUGUGGCGAGGAGAGAGAAGCUCUACCUCGGACUAUGGAUGCCUCCUAAGCAAGACUACACCUCUGAAUAUGGACUCUUCUCUGGACUUUUCUGUCAACGCUUCAUGAAGGUGAGAACUUUACACACGUUGACUCCACAACCUCAGGACAACCUCGCACCAAAAUGUCUCAUGACUUUUGUCUUUCAUAUAUUUGCCUGUCAAAAUACUUUAUUUUUGUUGCACUUGUUGGGUCCUAUCUUCACUAAGAUUUCCCACAGCUGCAGUGAAAUGACAAAGCUGCCAUGAGAAUGCGGUGCUGCCCCCUGGUGUCUGCUUGUCUGUACUGCUCCUUUUGAUUUAGAAGUGUGAAUCGGGAGACGAUUCAAAUGCUGAAGUAUUUAAUGAUGUGGAUUUAGGGCCAAGUGGCUCAGAAGUGUGCAAUUAACACUUGAAGCACUUUAAUGUUCACAUCUUUUAACAAGAGAUUGUAACCUGAUGUUGUAAUAUAACCCCCUUGUUCUUUUCAAUAUUGUAGAUGUCAUAAAUAAAAAUGUUUGCUCACCGAAUAAGAUGAAAUUAUUCACUUCAUUGAGGCACAAACAACUUGAAAUUGUCAUUUUAAUAAAAAAU